AUGGCUGAGGGCAGCGAGCUGGUGAACAGGCUCAUGAUCGAGAACGCAGACCUCAGGAAGCAGGUGCGCCUCAUGAAGGAGAACCAGAUGCUGAAGCGGCUGCUCAGUGAGAGCUGCCAGGAGAGCUGUGGGCGCGGGGGCUGCGACCUGCUCAUCCCCAAGGCGCCUGCCUACCCUGAGGCCUGCUCGCCUUGCAGUGCAGGUGCUGUCACAGAGGCUACAAACAGCACGUCCAGGUCCACCAAGGUCAGCCCGGGGGUGCUGGCGGGGCCGGCCGUGUGCGCCUCUCCUUUCCUGGGAGCCGGGCCCGCCGGGCACGCUCAGCCCUCGUCCGGGGCAGCUUCGCCCGCCGCGCUGGCCGUCAGUCAAGGCCCGUCGCCUGGACCCCACGACAGGAGUGGGAAGGGCGCCCAGGAGGGGGGAGCUGCAGCAUCACCAGCAGGAAAGUCCAAGUCGGGCCAGAGUCUCCGGGACCAUGGCCAGCACCCCGCCUGUGGGCAAGCCCAGAUCCUGCCGGACAGCAGUCUUAGGAGGAGCCCCAGCCCCUGGCCAGCCCGCGGCCACCAGGCCUUCCACAGAGAGGCCUUGGAGCCCCAGCUGCAGGGCGUGGGCCAAGUUCCAGAUUUUGGAAGGUUCAACGGUGGCCCUGAUGCACCCUCCCAGCUGCAGGCGUCCUCCCUGGAGGAUCUGCUGUGCUCACAUGCCCCCCUCUCCAGCGAGGACGAUGCCUCCCCGGGCUGUGCGACCUCCUCCCAGGUGCCCUUCAAGAAUUUCCUCAGCUCCCCAGAGCUGUCUGUGCCCCGUGGCUCUGACCGGAAGCUGUCCCCGCUCCCGAGUUCCUUGCAGGACCCGCUGGCGGACAAGAGCCUGCUGGAGCCCAGGGAGGUGGGCCGGCCCAAGAAGGUGUGCUUCUUGGAGAGCAGCCUGCCCUCCGGGGACAGGACCAGGAAGAGCUUCUACCUUAACGAGACCCAGAGCUUUGCCGGCACCGAGAAGGACGGGCGCAUCGUUGGGGAGAUCACCUCCCAGCUGGACUGGUGCAUCCUGGCCUAUGUCUUCCCAGGGGUGACCCGGCUCUAUGGCUUCACUGUGUCCAACAUCCCUGAGAAGAUCAAGCAGACGUCCAUCAAGUCCCUGGACGGCUCAGUGGACGAGAAGAAGCGGCUGGAGCUGACGCACUGCUACCUGACGCUGACGGCGCGCCUGGAGAGGCUGGGCUACAAGCGCGCUGUGCACCCCGUGUUCAGCGAGUUCCUCAUCAACACCUACGGCAUCCCGAAGCAGCGGCCCGACCUGCGCGCCAACCCGCUGCACAGCAGCCCGGCCGCCCUGCGCAAGUUGGUCAUCGACAUCGUGCCCCCCAAGUUCCUGGGCGACUCGCUGCUUCUGCUCAACUGCCUGUGCGAGCUCUCCAAGGAGGACGGCCGCCCGCUCUUCGCCUGGUGAAGCCUCCGACCCGCGCCUCCCUGCAAUAAACGCGUGUUGUAACCCGGGCGCCGCGCUCCUCGUCCGCUCUCCGGAGAGCGCGCUGAGGGCGCCAGGGCCCGGUACGCCUACGCCCGCGCUGUCCCGACACGCUGGCCGGCGCCCGGCUGCCCGCCCCACCGCCCACACCUGCGCAGCGGGUCGCACUCUAUUA